GUCACUGGGCCGGCAAGAGCAACGGACCACCGCAGACAGCAACGGACGUGCCGGUGCAAGGCGCCUAUAACCAGUGUGCUGCUACUCAGUGUGUGCUCGACGCUGCCUCCCUUCCUGCCACCAUCAUCUUUCCACCUGUACCACCCACCAUCAUCACCAUAACCCCCUUACUACUCAUCAGCGCGUAACCACGAGACCAGUCAGUGCAAACAUCCCUACAAUUUUACACAUGUGAAGCUUCCAGUAACGGGUCGAAAAAGUAACGUAAGCACUAACCAACACAAAAGUCGCGAUACAAGUCUAUAAAACACUUGGAAUGGACGUGUACGUACAUAAAAACAACGGCGGAUGAACAGCAGCAUCUACUCGUCUUAAUGAACCCACUUGCAUGAAGAGACGCUCAGAAGUAUUCAAGCCAACCACAAACCAUCACCAACUUGUCCAUCUUUGAGAAUGCCAGAAGUACGCAGCAUCACGCUAAUUCUACUGUUGUUGUUGCCCUUCUCGCCUCUACUGCUCAGGCUUCAAGCAGAUGGAACUUCCAUCAAAGCCAGAGGAUCAAGCCCCCCUUUAGUCCCUUCAGACAAAGUGUUGGCAGGCACCGCGGGCCAAGAAGCGGCGAAUUACAAGGCGGGACAUGAGAGGCAGGUAAUGGAAAUUGUUAAGAGACGACAGAAAAGGCAGGUGGAAGAAAGGCCGCGAGCUGCCCCGUCCUGCCCUCCAGUGUACCCAGCGGGGGAGUUCACCAUCUUCGGCUUGCUCUCCUUCAUCGUACUCCUCAUGCAGCUCAUCAUUAACCUCGCUAACAACAACAACAACAACAACAACAAUAAUAACAACAAUAAUAACAACAACGACAACAACAAUAAUAACAAUAAUGAUUUCACGGUUCAGAACGAGAAUUUAGUGAACACCGACGUGGAGGAGUCGAGUGUGAUGGGACGAUCAGCGUUUAAUGUCCAGCAAAAACCUUCACCUGCCAUCCUGUUCUCACUGCAGCGCCGCGCCCCUGCCUCAUGUGCCUGCAAGGUUACCCAGGCCUCCCCUCCAUCCCUCCUAAGACCAUUCUCACCCCGCCUCGUUUCCUGCGUAUUUCUGCUGCGGUGUGUGGUGCCUCUGGGCUUCACCACACCGGCGAGCUUCCCGGAGCAUCCUGACCGAGACGCGGACGGAGACCCAAGAAAAGAACGCAGCACGCAGGAUUGUCGGGACUACUUCCUGAAGUGUUUAGGAAAUGCUGCACUCAGUAAACAAAGAUAAUGGUUCUAUACUGUGUGUGCGUGUGUGUGUGUGUUCAGUGAUUUUAUUUGACCAUUCCUCGUAUAAUCAUCUUUGCUGCAAUUUUUUUGAUAGUUUACAUGUAGUCUCGCCCAAGGAGUCCCGUUGGUCCCACAGCACACCUCAUGGACGCUGAAGUCACGCGAGGGUCUUCAGCGAGGCCAUCCAAUCUCUGCGGGGUGUGAGCGAAACCCCCUCAGCCUUGACGGACGUGUUCCGCGUCACGUUCUGUCUCGCGUGGAGUGUUGGCAUAACUGUCCUGUUCCUCAUCACUACCCUGCCUGUCAUUUGUUCAGUCUCCCACUUGUACAGUUCCUCUUCGUCGACACAGUUCUGGGGACGAAAUCACUAACGCGAAAUAUACCAACGCGUGCUCGUUCUCACGGUGGGAAGAACACGUGGUGGCUUAUUUAAUAUUUACAGACACGGCUGACGACGAGCGAAUCAACACCAGGAGCCGCAAAUGUUGACACAGCGGCAUGAUGGGGUUGUGUGUGUCUGUAUGUGUGUGCCAGAGAUACGUAUUAAAGAUUGGCACAGAACGCCUUUAUCACGCCCUGAAAUAUGUUGGUCUCGGCUCGCCAUCUGUGGUCUUUUUACCUUCUGAGUGUUCCUAUCGUGUCUCUCAGUGCCUUUCGUUGGUCUCCUGAGAACUCCCAAAAAUUUAAGAAGCAGCUAGACGCCCAAGUUUCCCAGUAUCUUUCCGCGGCGCUGGGACCUGACGGGAACCUGACGAAGGCGAGGGAGGAACUGCUGCACCGCCAGAGACGCAACGCCUGUCCCGGGGGCGUCGGGGGGUUCGGAUUUAACACCUUCAACUUUCUCACGUUCCUCCUGCUCGCAUUCAACGGAGUCCUGAACGCCGUGAAUAACGUCAACAACAACAACAAUAACAACAACGCUAACUCCCAGAACAACGUACACAUCAACACCGACGCUGUGUCCUCCAACUCUGAUUCCUCCAACGACGUGACAGUCAUCAUCCCCCCCAGCCCGGGCCGCCGCAGGCGGCGCGGUACAAGCUCAUGUAGCGAGGGUGUGGAGGGAACCGUGGCCAGACGAAUGGUCUCUGAGGCCUGGCGCGCCGUGCUGGAGGAAGGUCGCGGGGCCACCGGGUGCCUGGAGGCGGCAUUGUGCCAAGGUGUGGUGAGGCUGGCGGCAGAGAUGGGGGCGAUGGUCUUCGCUCGCCCACACAACACUACUACUUCCCUCCCGUUACAUCUCGCCCCUUGCAGUCGCCUGUACCCAAGCUGCCCGUCUCACAACCAUUAGACUUUAGAGUGACGGCUGCUGUCCGGCGUGACCCGUAGAACAGGGGCACGCACACCACUGACGAUCAGUUCGAGGUGUCCCCCCCCACCCCCCGACAUACACCCUUUGUCUCCUUAUCACAACCAACACCGCCAGCAUCACCACGCAGCCGUCCCCCACAACAGCUCACCAGUGGAGCGCUCCAGCGACAGACAACGGAACUAUUGUUAUUGUAACCUAUUAUAGUCCGUGCCGCAUUAGACCAGUGUGCGGCCCGUUCGCCUGCAGCAAGUGGAUUUGUUGGCCUGCGGGGCGGGUGCUGUCUGUCAUGGGAGUGUGUAGCAUUUUACCGGUGUUCCAUCGUGCUCAGUGUGAUAAGCAUUAGAUCUCGUCUGUCUUUGUGCUUUGUAAAACAUUUUGCCUUUAUUGGAAAACCCUUGAGUGUUCUUACGUGCAUGACUGAGCGUUGUGUGAGGAACACACACACACACACACACACACACUACUGCUGAUGCUGUAUCUUUUUCGUUAUUGCCACUGUUAAUCUUAAAGAUGAACUGAUACUUUUGAUGUCAUAAAUUUUAAUAACCUUGAUAAAGUAAAUGUAAAAUGAAAUAUUAUAGAUUUCUGGUCAUUUAAGUGUUAUUGUUUAUGAGCAUUAAAUUCAUCUUUACUGUGGAAUUUAACAGUGAAUAUCUGAUCAUAGUCAUCAGCAACAUCACCAUCAGACACACUGCGAUGUCGAAACCCAAAACAUCCAAAGGAAACUCCCAGAGCGUGUGAAAGUAUCUGCUACGCACACACUCCCUCCCGUCAUUCAGGGCGCCUCCGAGGUAUACAGGGAGCGAUGGCCACCCUGGUGCUCCCGACGCUGGAGGUGGCGUGGGGCUCGGUACACCCCGUUGAUAGGCCAGACACAAGGCUCCUGCGCCAUGGCCUCCUCAGACACGGUGCAGCAAGGGACGAUCACCUACAGGACGAUAUGAACAACAGGGCGACGCGGCGUGACGACAUUCGCCACGCCAUCACCAGAGUGAAUGAAACACUUAACAAGGCAACACGCUCAGCGAGUAGUGAGGGCAGCAGUUCUGCAUCUAAAGGAAGCAGCGAGGGAGGCCGCAGCAGGCAGGCCCGCUCGUGUCCCGGAGGGUACAGCCCCGAGGCGGCAGCUUUCACCUUCGCCGGCUUCAUCAUCCUCAUUGGUCAAGGCAUCGUCAGUGUCGUCAAUGUCAUCAAUAACAACAAUAACAACAAUAAUAACAAUAACAACAACAAUAAUGACAAUAAUAACAACAACAAUAAUCUGAACAACAACGACCUACUGGUAGUAAACAACCUGGAGGCGCACGUGGGCAUGAGGGGCAUGGAGGACAUUGGGGGCAUGGGAGACAUGUGGAACAUGGCAAGCAGGGCCGCAGACUCACGCGGCCUGGCGAUAUCACAUCACUAUGAUUCCCACGAGCACGUGUUGGCCCGCAGACCAUUUCCUGCAGGACAGACCCAGGCAUACAGACACACACGCCGCCGCAACAAAAGCAGCAGCCACCGAAAACACGUAAAAUGUGUCUGUGGCGAGUCUCGUUCGCCGAGGUCGAUUUUCUCUCUGCCAAUCGUAGAGCAGAGUCUCAGGGAAGUCCUGUGUCGAGUGGCAGGCGACGCCUCACACGUACCCAGGUACUCGCGAUAAGCAUUAUGAAUGACAUCGUCUAACACUCG